CAGACAUGUGUCACUUGCCUCGAUUGAGUCUUGAAGAAGUGACGUUGAGACUGGAAAAGCAGAAGUAGGCCAUGGAGGAUGGAUCCGAGCUACCGUAUACAGCUCCAUGAAACGCGAGAUACAUUGUGAUUUGUAUCGAUGUCGAUUUUUGCAGUCUGCGGUAGCGUCUUGAAAACCCAGCAGCUGGCGAUCGAGCAACAAGCAACAGAACUGCACUUGCACUGAUCUGUAUGGGGUGGAGCGCAGAGUCAUAAAGUCAUUUCCAAGCCUUAGAAGCUGUCACCAGAAAUCGUUUGGAGAACAGCUGAUCAGCUCAUCAACACCAGAGCGCAACAACAGCAGAGCUAGUCCCGAUCCGGCGUUGCUUUCAGGCAAAAGUUAGAACUGCACCAUGGCUCCCAAGACUGUUGUUACCAUGGGUACUUCUGGGUACAUUGGGAAAGCAACGCUUGCCGCGCUGGGCUCCCCAGACUUCGCUGACAAGUUUGUGGUGAAGGCUGGAGUGCGCGAUGUGUCCAAGGGACUGGGCGACCUAGCUCCCAACACAGCGCUAGUCGCCGCUGACUACAGCAAGCGCGAGUCCAUGAAAGCUGCUUUCACUGGAGCGGAUGUGGUGAUCCUGAUUGCUCCUGGAGUUGAGAACCGGACGCAGCUGCUCAUCAGCGCCCUGGAGGUGGCCAAGGAAGUUGGCGUGCCCUUUGUCAUCCUGUUCUCUGUUCCUACUGUCCAGAGCGCAUACGGUCGCUUCGGGUCUGACUUCCUUCCCAUUGAGCAAAGGGCCAAAGACCUGGGCCUCCCUCACGUCGCUUGUCGGAUCCCCAUCUUCACAGACAACCAGUGGGGCAACAAGGACUCCAUCGUGGGCCAAGGCUGCAUUUACUGCCCCCAGAAGCCAGAUGCCGGUUUCGUGACCAUCACUACUGCUGACGUCGGCCUGGCGUUUGCCACGAUCGCCAACGACGGCGUUGAGAAGCACGUGGGCAAGGCCUACUUUUUGUGCUGCCCGAAGUAUACGUACAACGACCUCACCAAAGCGUUCAGCGAUGCGCUGGGCAAGCCGGUCAACUACGUGCAGGUCCCCUACGAAGUCGCCAGCCAGCAGAUGCAGGGGUCCGGGUACCCGGGCUGGAUCGCUGACGGAACCUGCGAGCUGAUGAAGGGAAUCGACGCUGAGGUACCGGACCUUGUGACGUACAGCGAUGACUUUGAAACCAUCGUUGGGCGGAAAGCGACGAGCAUCCAGGAGUGGGUCAAGGCCUGUGCACCUGGGUUCAAAGCUUGAAGGAUGGCGUUGGCAGAGCGUACGGCGCUGGAUCCUUUUACCGUAGACUGACGCGGAUUGGGACCUCGAGAUCCGAAUGGAUUUCCAACUUUGAUCGUUGUGAUUUGCUUGUAACAGUGUACAUGGGCGUGUCCUUUCAAAUAUAAGUUCGCCAGCACUAGCUGUGCCAGUUGAGGGACACAUGCGAAUGCGAGGAUGCCGGGCGGAGCGCGGAUCAUGGAGCUAGACUGACUCAUGGACCUUCGUUAAUAUCAGUGACGACAGCGGGCACCUGUAAAAGGGCAUAUCGGAGGAGAUUUUGUACCCAAAAGCUGCGGCGCCUGCAUCAUGCAGCUAUCAG